CUAACCCAAAACUGUAAUUGUUGAUUAUAGCAACCCUAUGAAACCAGCAACAGGCUAGUAAGAAAUGUCCACAAAUAAAUCGCACUUUCAAUAUUGUUCUUGGAAAUCAAAUGUAAGGCAGGACCCAGAACACAAUUGUUGAAUUGAAUAACAAUGUUGGGACAGUGGCUUAGGAUUAAAAUGUACAUAUUACAAUGGUUUACUAGAAACUGGGUGCUGAAUGAGACAUUAAAUGUACAGCAACAAUAGCAUACACAUGGAAGUUUAGAAAAGCUAAAUCUUAAAAUAAGGCUGACAAAAAAGAAUUCCUAACUCAUCAACAUGCGUUUACACAUGAACCGAAUUAUAAUUUUAAUUGCAAUUAUAAUUGGAGCAUUGGUAAUUUUAUCAAACUAUAGCAGGCUUAAAACAUGGGAUUUGUACCGGAGAAAUGAUCCAAGAGAGUUAAAAAUGUUAUCUAAGAGAUACUCAAUCAAUGGAUAUUUCCACACUGAACGCUCACGCAUCACCAAGGUGAUUAUAUUAACAUACUACAGAAGUGGCUCCAGUUUCUUUGGAGAAAUUUUCAAGAAUAACAAGGAAAUAUUGUACAUGUAUGAACCACUCAAGUUUUUGGAGGUUAAAUACGGCAAUUUAAAUCUACAAAUUGUUGGCCAACCUUUCCUUAGAGAAAUCCUCAAUUGUAACUUUGAGAGUAGCACCUUCCUGGACAUAUGUAAGGAAAGUUAUAAAAUGGCAUGGAAGAAUAUCUUCAAGGCUAACAACAUAUCUGACAUAUUUGACAGAUGCAAAAACCGGAGUCUCAAAGUGGCUAAGAUCAUCCGACUGAAUGAUCUAGAACUUUUGGCAUCCUAUUUUGGCAGUGACACUGCGAUUAUACAUUUAAUGCGGGACCCUAGAGGUGUAUUCAAUUCUCGGAAAUCACUCAGUGUAAAACAUGCACCAAAUCAGACUCCUCAUCAGUUCAGAAUAGCCGAUAUUACAAACACAUGUAAGAGCAUUGUUAUGAAUAUGAAAUUCAUCGCAACCUUAAGGGAUUCAGUAUACAAGCAUCCAAUUGAUGGACCUAUUGUUAAACAAUACAAGUACAACGAAUAUGCAUAUGAUCCACUUAACACAGCAAAAGGUGUUUAUGAAACUCUGAAUAUGUCUCUCCCAACAGCUGUUGAGAAAUGGAUUGAUGACCACACCAAAAUUACUACAGAUCAUGAUGCAAGUUCCACAAAACGUAACUCAAGUAGUGUCCCUACUAGGUGGAUGCAUGAACUUAAUAAAAAUAUUAUUCAUGAGAUCCAAAAUAUAAGUUACUGUGCAGAGGCAAUAAAAAUGAUGGGGUUUGAAAUAAUGAAUUGAGAAAUUCCCCCAUAAUUCAUUGAACAAAUUGAAAAUGGGUUCUAAAUUAAGACAGAUUCACCAGAUUUUGAAUGCAUUAAACACAUGGUUUGAAACCGACAUUGGAACAGUACUUCAUUUGCAAAUGUAACAGUCUUUUGAAUCUAUAGGCCUACUAUGUAAAUGCAAAGACAUAGUAUAAUGGAUUAUAUUUAUAUAUGAAGUGGUAUUUCUUGUUGGCUAGAAAGCAACAGAUCAAUCCAAACCUGCUGGUUAUGAUGUCAUUCUAGCAGAUACAUGUACAGUACAGGGAUUAACUGGCUGCUCAUUUUGAAAUCUUCUUACAAUUUUGUUGACGGACAAACAUUGUUGCCGGACAUCAUACAUCUAGUUACCUAGUUACCACGGUUCAGCAAAAGGGGUCAGGAUUGAUUGAGAAACUCUAUACUGAACUGUAUUUGUGCCAUUAAUAUUUGUAGAUCAAAUUCUUCUCAUAAAGGAAAAUACUAGACAGAAAUGCUGAAUUUCACUAAAACAGGAACUUCCUUUUAAAGUGUUUUAUAGGGGUGUUUGAGUAGAUAUAGAUUUUACAAUCAAAUUGUGAACUCUACCUAGUAUAUGAAUUUGUAAAGAGCAAUGCGCAAUAAUAAUAAUAAAGUUCAUGUAAUUAUAAUGCUUAUUUUUAUGAUUAGAUGGCUGUUAUGAUGAUUUUUAAAGGCACUCUUCCAUUAUUAAUGAAACACAAUGUCACUCAUCGGUAUAAAAAUAACCAGAACAACGGCAACGCCAAAGCGUAGCGAAUCCCAUCAAACAGAAAUGGCUGGCAUUUUUACAAACAAAUAGCAAAUAUCAUAAAACAACACACCAGAAAGGCCACCAUUUUCAAAAUGGUUGCUCACUAGCCAAGUUGUCAUCAGAAGAAAUAAUAUGCUUUUAAGUAGCCACCUCUAAAAUUUUUGAAAAAUCGCUCACGAACUUGUAAAAUAACACACAUAAAAAUGGUGGCCAUUUUUCAAAAUGGCCGACUACUCCCCAAAGUUUUAUUAGACAAUGUGCCAUGUUUAAAGUAUUCACAUAUCAAAUAUGAACAAAAUCGCUCCACUACUUUUCGAGUUAUAGUAAAAUACGUUAAAAUGGUGGCCAUUUUUCGAAAUUGUUUUCAAAAUGGCCGCCUUCUACCAAAAGUGUCAUAGGACAGUGUGCCAUGCUUAUAGUAUUCACAUACCAAAUAUGAACAAAAUCGCUCCACUACUUUUCGAGUUUUAGUAAAAUACGUAAAAAUGGCGGCCAUUUUUCAAUUUUCUUUUCAAAAUGGCCGCCUUCUACCAAAAGUGUC